CACAUGAAGUGGUGGAUAUAUUGCAGCAGGCAGUGCACAGCUGUACUAGGUGUCCUGCAGCUCCUGUGUGACACAUAGUUCUACACUCUGCCAGGCAUGAUGAAGACCCAGGUGGUGGCACUGGCAGUGGUGGUGGUGCUGGUGGUGAGCUUCAUGCAUGUCCAUGCUUGGUGUACAGAGGGCCAGACGGGGAGCAACGGCUGCAACACCUGUACAUGUUUCAACACCAUGGUAAUCUGCACCAGGCGGCAGUGUGGCCAAGGGAAGAGGCUUGGAUGGUGUAAGGGUGCACCAGGCAGCUUCUGGAUGGACAACUGUCACCAGUGUAGCUGCUACAGAGGAAAGUAUCAGUGUGUCCUGAAGCCUGACUGUGUGACAGGGAAGAAGAAGUAUCCUAAUUGCAAAGGUGAAUCGUUAUUCCUGUACGAAUGCAACAACUGUAGAUGUGGAGGCAAUGCCACACACCCGGCGUGCACCAAGAAAGGCUGCCCCUCACAGUUUCAGAAAAUGGUGCUUAUGUAGACGAUUAACAUCAGCAAGAACAGCACUUCGCCCAAUGCAGCAACAGAAGCACAUCAUCACAAAGCAGCAAUGACAGCACCUAACCCUGAUGUAGUAUUAACAGCACUUCACCAUAUGUAAUGCCAGCAACUCAUCCUUAUGCAGCCUUGAAAGCAAGUCGUCACACUGCAGCAGUCACCACACCUUGCAGUAAUGAAAUGAAAGCAGCUCCUCACCCUGAUGCAGCAGCAAUACCUGACAGCACCUCACCCUGAUGCAGUAACAAGAGCACCUCCCCCUAAUGCAGCAGUAAUGAAUCAGCUACAUAAUGAUACACCACACCUCCACUAUCGCCACCCCAGCUCCCAGACACUCACUGCUGCCACCACCUUUUCCUCUAACACUCAGCACCACACCAUCACCUCCUGAGUCAGUGCAGAGCAGAAUAAACCUACACAAGCUUCA